AUGAGAGGGUCGCGUCCCUCCGCCUCCGGUGCAGAGUACCCGGCCUUCUUGGAGUCCUUGGGAGGGGUACUGGACGGUGCACCGCCCGGGGACUCCGUUAUUCUCCUGGGGGACUUCAACGCCCAUGUGGGAAAUGCCAGUGACACUUGGAGAGGGGUGAUCGGGAAGAACGGCCCCCCUGAUCUGAACCCGAGCGGUGUUCAGUUGUUGGACUUCUGUGCCAGUCACGGCCUGUCCAUCACGAACACCAUUUGGAUCCGCUGGCAGGGCAGGAGGCCGGUCAGACCUGGCAGGCCCAAGCGUGUAGUGAGGGUUUGCUGGAAACGUCUCGCUGAGCCCCCUGUCAGACGGGCUUUCAACUCACACCUCCGGGAGAGCUUCUCCCAGGUCCCGGCAGAGGAGGGGGACAUCGAGUCCGAGUGGACCAUGUUCUCUUCCUCUAUCGCCAAUGUGGCGGCUCGUAGCUGUGGUCGCAAAGUCUCUGGUGCUGGUCCCGGCGGCAAUCCCCGAACCCGGUGGUGGACACCGGCAGUAAGGGAUGCCGUCAGGCUGAAGAAGGAGUCCUAUCGAGCAAUGAUGGUUCGUGGGACUCCUGAGGCAGCUGUCCAGUACCGGCAGGCCAAACGUGCCGCGGCCCGGGCUGUUGCAGAGGCAAAAACCCGGGACUGGGAGGAGUUCGGAGAGUCCAUGGAGCAUGACUAUCGGUCGGCCUCGAAGAGGUUCUGGCAAACCGUCCGGCGCCUCAGGAGGGGGAAGCAGUUCUUUGCCAACACCGUGUAUGGUGCGGGUGGAGGGCUGCUGACCUCGACUGGGGAUAUUGUCGGGCGGUGGAAGGAAUACUUCGAGAUUCUCCUCAAUCCCCCCGUCACGUCCUCUGUUACAGAGGCAGAGGCUGAGGAUAUUGGGGCGGAUACUUCCAUCUCCCUGGCCGAGGUCACCAAGGUGGUUGGCAGCCUCCAUGGUGGCAAGGCGCCGGGAGUGGAUGAGAUCCGUCCUAAAUUUCUAAAUGUGCGUCCCUUCUGCCAACGCUCUCGCCGCAGAUGGCUUCACGAGUGCCUGCCCUCUGCCACUCACCCCGAGCAGGGCAGCCUGAUCACACCGCCCCCUCACCCAGGACUGUGUCUGUGCUGGUAA